AUGUCCGUCGCUCGUGCCAGAGGGCCGACGAGACAAUUGAUGAUUUCGUAUUGCAGGAAUUUGGUCAAGUUUUAUAGGUCGGAAGAAGGAGGGAUCCAGUUGUUGAAGUCGAGGCAGCGGUUGGUGAAGGAGCAUCAGCUGUUUGAUAUAAACGCUUCUAUCGCCGCCUUAAAGAACUACCGAGACGACAUGGACCUUUCCCCUGAAACUGACCUAAACGCUGAACAAGCACACCUCCACCAGCACUGUCUCCGUAUCCUGGCCAAGGACACGCCUACGCUGCUCGAGAAAAAGCAGUUGCUGAUCGAAUCGUUGCUCGGGAAGAAUGUUGAACAGGUCCUUGCAGGGGAAGACAUGUCCCCGGCGGUGCCUGCACUCCGACUGAUCAAUAAGAUCGGCGAGACGUUAUGCAACGCGAUGGCGGUCCAAAAACGUUCCUCAACAUCCCUCUGGAACGCCGCGAAUGACACCGAAUCCGGUCUAAAAAUCGACGUCAUCCUUCAAGUCGACGGGGUGGAGGUCAUGAACAUUGAAGCGAAACGUGGACAGGACCUCAUGCAGGCCGAAUCGCAGUACUACAAGAACUUGCGGAUUAAUCAGGCUAUUUACUUGGCUGCGAGGCAGAAAGGGGUUGUGCUGGAGAAUAUACCCUUCUUGGACAUUCGAGGUUAUGGUUUCACGUGA